AUCUGCGGCGUCGGGGGCGGCGGCGGCGGCGGCAGUGGAGCUCGCGCGCGCGCGCCUUGGAAUUUCCGCUAGUUGGAGGGAGAGAGAGAGAGAGAGAGGUCCUUCGUCGCACUUCGCUGCCGUCAUGCCCGGCGCGGAUUCGGCGGAGCAGGUCGCCACCAAAUCCUCCGUCGCUCCGUCAAUCGCUUCGGCGUGAUUACGGAAGCAUUAUUAUUUUCUUCAAAUGGAAGGAAAUUGACAAUCUUUAUCAACCAUUGGAUGUGUUUCUUGAAACUAAAAGGUGACUGAAGUUGAAGCGGCAAAAUAAGUGGUUGCUGAGACAUACAAGGAUCAGAUGUGCACUAUGUGUCAUGUCUGUGGUUCGGAACUAUCAAAGGUAUCCAAUGGGAACAAGAAUCACCAAAAUGAAAUUAUCUCAAAAUUGAAUGAUGGGGCCAUCUUAUUACACUGUAAAUUCUGUGAUAAGAUGAAGGAGCGAGAUUCUACAAGGAGGGAUGUCAUGAGCCCUUAUGAAACGCCGACAAUUAGUCCAACAACUUCAUUGUCAAGCUGUGACAGCUCCGUCUCAAGCUGCAGUGAAUUUUCAGUGGACCUGAACCCCAAUUAUAGAAGCAAUCAAGAAGAAGGUACUAUACCCAGUAGUCGAGAAGAUUCUUCUUAUAGAUGGGAGGAGCAUAAGGACUCUAUGUCAGAAGCAACUAGCAGCGGAGUUGGAGGAUCCAAUAUGGCAAUGGAGAACAAUUUUAAAGAGUUCAACAGGGGUCAUAAACAAAAUAGUAUUGAUGUUGAAAAUAGGCAGGCUAACCAUCUUCAGGAAGUAAAUUAUAUUGGUGUUGAAAAUGAAAGUAGAAUUGUUAAUGGAGUAACAAACAAUGGAAAUUCUAGAGGAUUUCUUGAUGAGAUAGAUUGGGAUCCUCCAGAAGCAGAAGACCCGGAGGAUGACAUGCGGGGUAGUAUGGCUUAUAACGAUGACGAUGAUGAUGAAUGCGGUGAUGGCACAAAAUGGGGCGGUUCAAGUUCUCUGAGUAACAACAGAGAUGAAGGUGGUGGGAGCUACAGAUUUAAAGAGGAAAAGCAGAAAGCGCUGGACGAGGUGAUUAAUGGAAAAUUUAAGGCCCUUAUCACCCAACUCCUUAGAUCUUUUGGUGUUGCCCCUUCCAUGGAGGGUGGUGCAAGUUGGGCGGACAUAAUAACUUCAUUAUCAUGGGAAGCCGCUUCCCUUUUGAAGCCUGAUGCUGUUGAUGGAAAAGGAGUUGGUCCAGAUGGCUAUGUAAAGAUCAAAUGCAUAGCAACUGGUACGCGCAGCCAAAGUCAAGUAAUUAGGGGUCUUGUUUUCAAAAAGCAUGCCGCUCACAAGCACAUGCCCACAAACUAUAAGAAUCCAAAGUUGCUCUUGAUUCAGGGUAUGCUUGGACAGUCAUUGAGUGGUUUGUCAUCAUUUAAUGCAAUGAAGCAGGAGGAUUAUCUCAGACCUAUUGUUGAGAUGAUUGGACUGUGCCACCCGAAUGUAAUUCUAGUGGAAAAAUCAGUCUCUCGUGAUAUUCAAGAAUCUAUUCUCGCAAAAGGAAUAACGUUAGUCUUUGAUAUGAAACUCCAUCGCUUGGAAAGAAUAGCUCGUUGCACUGGCUCAUCAAUUGUCUCAACUGAUACUAUGGCAAUUCAGAAGCUAAAACAAUGUGAAUCCUUUCGUAUCGAAAAGUUUGUGGAGGAGCAUGCUGGUUUUGUUGAAGGAGGGAAGAAACCGAGCAAAACUUUGAUGUUUCUUGAGGGCUGUCCAACACGACUUGGUUGUACAAUUUUGCUGAAAGGAAGUCAUAGUGACGAGCUGAAAAAGAUUAAGUCUAUAGUGCAGUGUUCAGUCAGUGUAGCCUAUCAUCUGAUCCUCGAGACUGCUUUCCUUGUUGAUCAAAGAGCAAUGUUCUCAACCAUUCCUUUUGCUGGCAUAGCAGAUUCAUCACAAAGUGACCAUUCAUCCCCUACCUCAGCAUCCAACGGUAUACAUGAUCGCAGUGAUGGGGAGGCUACUUCUAAUCAUAGCUCAUGUGCAGUUGAUGUUCCCAUUUCAAAUGGAUUCCAUGAUGGGGAUUCCCAUCAUGUGAAGUCAGAAUUGGGGGGAAGCUCACCAUUUUCUUAUGAGCCAUAUAAUCCGGUUGUAUUUUCUGGAUUCUCAAGCCUCUCAGCAUCACUGAAGAAAGUUAUAGGGGUCAAUUUUCCUCUCGCUUCUUCUUAUCCUUCCUUGUCGUCAUAUUUGGGAUUUACUAGAAAGGAACCAAAUGGUCAUGUUGAAAGUCCUACUUCCUUGUCAGCAAGCUCAGAUGCAGUGGCCAUAAAAGAUUGUCUGGACGAUGCAAAGUCACCCGAUGAAGGAGAAGACCAGUCUUUUUUAGCUUCCUCUGAGGUCCUUCCAGAAUCGGUAGAAGAUGCUCAUGGAAAUGACCCAAUAGAAAACAAGAGUGACAUGAUGACAGUGAUUGAUACACAGAGCAUUUUAGUUCUGGUGUCUCGUCGUAAUGCCCUUAAUGGAAAUGUGUGUGAGCAAAGCCAUUUUUCUCGUAUUACGUUCUACAAGAAUUUUGAUGUUCCCCUAGGGAAGUUUCUCCGAGAUAAGAUACUCAAUCAGAGAAGCCAGUGCACUGCAUGUGGUGGACUGCCAGAAGCUCAUUUCUAUUACUAUGCACAUCAUAAUGAGCAGUUAACAAUCCAAGUGAAGCGGCUUCCAAAUGAUAAGCAAUUACCGGGAGAAGGAGAAGGAAAGCUUUGGAUGUGGAGUCGAUGUGGUAAAUGUAAACCUUUCAGUGGAUUCAAUGGAUCUACAAGAUCAACGAAAAGAGUUUUAAUCUCUACUGCUGCCCGGUGCCUGUCAUUUGGAAAGUUCCUUGAGCUCAGUUUUUCUUACCAUUCAUCGUUUGCUAGAUUGGCUAGCUGUGGGCAUUCUCUUCAAAGAGACUUCCUCUACUUCUUUGGAUUAGGCCCAGUUGUUGCGAUGUUCAGAUACUCCCCGGUCACAACAUACACCAUAUCAAUGCCACCCCAGAAACUGGAGUGUAAUAGUUCAAUCAGAUCAGAGUGGUUUGCAAAAGAAAUUGAGAAAGUAUACACGAAAGGGAUGCUGCUAUUUGCAGAAGUUGAACGCACCUUAAAGAAGAUAGGGCCCCAAUUUGCAGGAUCUGUUGUGCAUCAAAUAGAUUUACCGAAGGCAUUCUCUGACAUCAAAGAGAUGUUGAAGCAGGAAAGCCAUGAUUUUGAGUUGAGCAUUCAGAAUGCUGUCAAGAAUGAGAAUCCAGGCCAGAACGCUUAUAAGUUGCUUGCUGUGAACCGGUUGUUGUGGGAGCUUUUACUUGAAUCAUUCAUUUGGGAUAGACGACUCCACUAUCUCCUCUCUGCUGAUCCUCCAAAGGCGGCUGCUGUUUCCUCUGGAAAAGCAGCUCAACAACCUGAAUCAAAUACGGACGGUGCUGCAGGUAGAGGAAAUGAAGGGACAGAUUUGGGAGCAAAUGACUUUUCUGUUAGAGAGGUUCCAAUCAAAGAACCUCUUGAGGUAGAAAGAGAAUUUUCAGUCAAGGAUAUCCCUAUUGAAAGUCCCAUUAGAGAACAUGAGCAGGAUGAUCUAUCCGAAGUAAUCACAGCUUCUGAGGAUCUUCGCGGAGCAACAGCUGACAAUUUAAGUUCGAGUAUAUCAUCUGACCAGAAUCUCCUUUCAAGAUCGGAUGUCUUAUCUUAUGAUCACUCUAGCAAAGCAGAGAAUCAAUCAUCUCCUGAUCAUUCCAGUGUACAUAGAACCAUUCAGAAUUCCAUGAGUCUCCUGAAAUCUGGUUCCUUUGUCAGCAUUAGAGAAAGUCAAGGUCUUACUUCGCAGAGUUCACUCUUCUCCACAUGCCAAAGUGUGAAUGGAUGGUUCUGGAAACCGUUUACAGAGAUUAAGGAGUUCUACAUGAAUGAACUUCUAAGAGGCUACUCACCACGAUUUGAUUUUGUUAGUAGCCAAACUUCUGAGUACUUGGUCACAACUCAUCAGUUAAUAUCCGAGGAAGGCUCAAGGCUGCACAUUCCUCUUGCAAAUGAUAAUUAUAUCUUGUCAGACUCUGAGGGUGAACUCUCGAGUAUCAUUGCUUGUGCUUUGGCCUUAUUGAAUGAUCAGCCUGCGAUGACAGAUCUUGUAACUGAUGAUAGUCGUUCAGACAGUUGGGUUGCUAGUAAAGCAGCUGAGAAUAUGCAGAACAUGAUUCGGGUACCUUCAAGCACUUCUUAUUGGUCUUCAAAUGGUUCGUUGGACUCAGAUAGUGUUCAUUCAUCGAGAAACACUUUCUCAGAAGAGUCACGGUUAUGCAGCUUUGAUGGGUUGGUCUUGUUGGAUUCUUUGCUUCCACCAGAAAAUUUUAAAGCAGAAGUAUCUUUGGGAGUGACAAAGUCGCUGGUGAAGGGUAAAUACUCAGUAGUUUGUUUGUAUGCUAAUGAGUUCCGCAAUCUCAGGAGCUCAUGUUGCUUGUCUGAGGUUGAUUUUAUUGCUUCAUUAAGCCGGUGUAGGAACUGGGAUGCAAAAGGUGGAAAGAGCAAAUCUAUCUUUGCUAAGACUCUGGAUGAUAGGUUCAUUAUCAAGGAAAUUAAGAAGACUGAAUUUGAUUCCUUUGAGAAGUUUGCCCCCCACUAUUUCAAGUACAUGAAACAUUCAUUUGAGUCUGGGAACCAGACUUGUCUUGCAAAAGUUUUAGGGAUCUACCAGGUGACCUUAAGGCAAAGUAAGAGUGGAAAAGAAGCUAGGCAUGAUCUGAUGGUGAUGGAGAACCUUACUUUUGGUCGAAAUAUUACUCGACAGUACGAUCUGAAAGGGGCUCUACAUGCCCGGCUCAAUUCAGCUACUGAUGGAGUGGGAGAUGUUCUCUUGGAUCAGAAUUUUGUCAAUGACAUGAACUCAUCUCCGUUGUACGUCAGUAACAAAGCAAAGCGUCUCCUACUACGGGCUGUAUGGAAUGAUACAAGUUUUCUCAAUUCGAUUAAUGUGAUGGACUAUUCGUUGCUUGUGGUAGUCGAUCAGCAGAAGCAAGAGCUUGUUUGUGGGAUAAUUGAUUAUCUUCGGCAGUAUACCUGGGACAAGCAGUUGGAGACAUGGGUUAAGUCCUCGCUCUAUGUCCCUAAAAAUCAGUCACCAACUGUCAUCUCUCCAAAGGAGUAUAAGAAGAGAUUCAGAAAGUUCAUGUCUGCACAUUUCUUGUGCGUCCCAGACAAUUGGUGCUCACAAGGUUCUACUGAUACUUGCGAGAUUUGCGCCAUUAGUGAUGACUCUUCCAAGUCGGAAUCCCAACGUGAGGGGACAUGAAUGGAUUUUCUGCACAGAUCAAUGUCCAUUUUGGCUAUCAAUUUCUUUUUAUUUGCAGUGAAAUUCAGCCUGUCCGCUAUCAGUGUAAAUAUGCCGUCUGCAGUGUAUAUGCUUCACCCCGUCAUUGUGCAAUUUUUAGCAAAUUUCCGGGGAUAGGUUUCAUUUCUAUAGGUUUCAGUAUCCAACAUGGGAUAAUAUCUUUUUUGGUCAGUGUUGAGGAAGUGUAAAGGGUCCAGGUUGUUGAGGCAUGCUAUUGUUUGAAAUCAAUGAAAAGUCAAAGGUUGUUACAAAGCAA